CGCACGGAUCAAAACAAUCACAGAGAAAGACCGAGGGAGGAAGAUGGAAGGAGAAGAGGGAGAAGGGUUGAGGCUGAGCAAGAGGUUCGCCGACAAAGCCAUCGUCGGAGGAGGAGAAGUCGACUACAAGACCAAGGCGGGCACGGCGUGGAGCCACUCCUACCUCAACCAGAAGCCCUGGCACCCCCUCUCCUAUCCUAACCAGCGCCGCAAGUGGAUCGCCGAGCAGGUCCACGCCGAGCGCGAGCGCCGCGCCGACGAUGUCGCCCGCGAGUAUGCUCAGGAGCAGGAGUUCUUUCGCCAGGCUGCUCUCAUCUCCAAGAAAGAGAAGGAGAAGGUGGAGAUUAUGAAGGCUGUUAGCUUCAUGUAUGUUAGACCACCAGGUUUCAAUGCUGAAAGUGCCAAAGCUGCAGAAAUUGAGGAUGAACGGAGAAGGCAGGAGCAGAGUAACCCAACUCAGGACCCACUUAUCUGUGGAGCCUCCAGUUCAAUGCCUCCUGAGCAAAGAGAUCACCCUGCUGAAGAAAAGAAAAAACCUAGGCCAAAAGAUGUUUUCGGGCGUCCUCUGCCAACAGAAGAGGAGUUUGGGAUCCUUAAAAAUGCUCCACGGCUCGAAACGGGUGCUCCUGCAAGGGUGAAGCCAUUUGGGAUUGAAAUACGAAAUGUCAAAUGUUUGAGAUGUGGGAACUUUGGUCACCAAAGUGGUGAUCGUGAAUGCCCAUUGAAGGAUGUUAUAAUGCCAAAUGAAGAGAGUCGACUAAAAAGAGAUGAUCCGUUGACUGCCAUCCUGGCCCACACAGAUCCGGCCGAGCCUCUGAAAUGGGAACUGAAACAGAAACCUGGUAUGAGUCCCCCACGUGGAGGUUUUAAUCCUGAUGAUCCAAACCAGCAAAUAGUCGCUGAGGACAUAUUCGACGAGUAUGGAGGUUUUCUUAGCACCAGUAAUAUUCCGGAUCUGCUGUCUAGCUUUCCUGCAAGCAAACCGAAGAAACAAAAAUCCUCGAAGAGGCGAAGGCACAGAAGGCAGUCAUCUCCUGAUAGUAGAGAGGACUUUGAAGAAGAUGGAUCCUCUUCACCUUCUGAUUAUGGGGAGAGAAAGUCCAAGAAGGAGAAGAACAAGCAUAAAAAGAAGCACAAUCACUCUGAAUCGAGUUCUUCUGAUGAUUCAGAAGAUGAUAAGAAGCAUCGCAAAAGGAGCAGGCACAAGCAUCCAUAUUCAUCCGAGGAUGAUAUUGAUAGGCGUCACAGAAGUAAAAGGAGCAAAAAGAAGCUGUCGCACUCGAGGGAUUCUGAAAAAAAAGGAGUUGAUAAACGCCAUAGACAUGAAAGGAGCAGGCGGGCGCGGGACCAUUCUUAUUCAUAUUCGUCUGGGGAUUUUGAUUCUGCUAGCCAGCAGAGAAGUAGACACCGUCACCAUUAGUGCCUGUCACUACCUGCACCCUGCACUCAAAACACUUUCAAGUAAGAUUUCAUUAUGGUCAACUGCUUCGCACUGGGAAUGAGUGGGUAUGAGAUAGACACUUUCUGGGAAGCCUUGUGGGUUAUCGAUGAAGUAAGGAAAUGUGAAGCGAAUACUCUUGUAUUGUGAAUAGCUGCUUCCGAUCCCGAGGGCCUUUCGAAGCUGUCUGGUUUAUGGUUUCUCCGCGACGUGGGCUUGGAGCGGAUACGGCGAGUUGUAUCACCACCAUCUUAUGAUGUAUUUGAUUCGCUUUACAUAAUCAAAAGUCUUCUUGUAGUGAUCA